AUGGGAAACCACAGCAUGUUCAGUGAGUUCAUCCUUCUUGGGCUGUCUGCUGACCCUCAGACCCAAAUUCUGCUCUUCAUGUUGUUUCUGAUGAUUUACCUCCUGACCCUGAUGGGGAACCUGGUGAUGUUGCUGGUCAUCAGGUCUGAUUCCCACCUCUACAUACCCAUGUACUUCUUUUUGGGACAACUGUCCUUCCUAGACCUCUGCCACUCAUCUGUCACAGUCCCUAAGAUGCUGGAGAAUCUACUUUCUGAAAGUAAAACCAUCUUUGUAGAGAGCUGCCUGGCUCAGGCCUUCUUUGUGUUUGCCACUGGGGGCACCGAGGCAUGUCUGCUGGCUGUGAUGGCCUAUGACCGCUAUGUUGCUAUCAGCUCCCCUCUGCUCUAUGGCCAGGUAAUGAGCAACCAGCUCUGCAUUGGGCUGGUGUGGGGCUCCUGGGGCCUGGCCUUUGUUGAUGCUCUCAUCAAUAUCCUCUUGACUGUAAAUUUAGACUAUUGUGAGCACCAAAGCAUUCCCCACUUCAGCUGUGAGCUGUCUUCUCUCUUCCCUCUGUCAUGCUCUGAUACCUCCACCAACUUUACAGUCCUGCUCUGCUCCUCUGUCUUGCAUUUCUUUGGAACCUUCAUCUUGAUCUUCUUCUCUUAUACUCGCAUUGUCUCCACCAUCCUGAGCAUCAGCUCCACCUCAGGCAGAAGCAAAGCUUUCUCUACCUGCACUUCCCAUCUCACUACUGUGAUCUUGUUCUAUGGCUCUGGUUUUCUCAGCUAUCUCUUGCCAACCUCAGGUUCUGCUGUGGAGAUGAUCUUCCCUUUACAGUACAGUGUGGUCACUCCCAUGUUAAAUCCCCUCAUCUACAGCCUGCAGAACAAGGAGGUGAAGGCAGCUAUGAGAAGAAUGUUUAGAAGAUAUGUUAACUCUUUCACAUAG